AUGGACGCCGAGAAGUCUAGAGUCAUCGGGUAUUAUCCGAGUUGGGCUAGCUACUCAGACAAAGCUUUUGUCCCUUCGGAUACGAAUGUUCAAAACCUGACACAUCUUGUGUACGGCUUUGCUCUUAUUCAGAAUGAUGGACAGUGGUAUGUGCACCAAGAUCAUUUCUGCGUGCAAACCUAUUCACCCAAUUCAAGUGACCACUAUGACAAGUAUGCGGAUGUCGACCGAAUCUUCCCGGGCGAUGAUUCUGAGCAGGACGGCAACAACGUGUUUGGUAACGUUAAGCAGAUUGUCGACCUGAAGAGCAAGUAUCGUCACCUUAAAGCGAUCAUAUCAAUUGGAGGCUGGCGACUCUCUGGUAACUGGUCAGAAGCAGUGGCCAAUCCAGGGAGACGCACUAAGUUUGUCCAAACUUGUAUGCAUUGUAUGUACAACUUUGGAUGGGAUGGAAUCGACCUAGCAUGGGUAUUUCCGGAUGGCCCGGUGGAUGCGGCCAACUACGUCGAGUUAGUAAAGGAGUUUCGCCAGGCUAUCGACGACUAUUCACACAAAGCUGAUACAAACAAACUCACCCUCUCUGUGGUAGCUCCACCAAAGGAAGAGAACUACAAACAUCUGAAGAUAACUGAAAUGGAUCAAUAUGUUGACUACUGGACUCUUAUGGCGUACCAGUUCAAUGGUGCUGCCCCUAAGCCAGACGAUUCCAGCGUUGCAAUUCAUAACGCACCCCUAUACCCCUCGACUCUUCAGAGCUCUGCAACUCCUUUCGUGGUGGCCCACGCAAUCGAUUAUUACUCUAAAGUGGUUAAAAUUUCUCCGCACAAGAUAAACCUCGGAAUCGGGCUAUAUGGGCGCGGCUUCUAUAACACCGAAGGUCCGGGGUCUUCAUUUGGCCCUUUCGAGAAUGAUUGGCUGCAGACCAUCUAUCCAUGCCGGGACAUGCCAUUGGUAGGUGCCUCACAGGAGUGGGACGACACCACUAAGUCAGCAUACUCGUAUGAUGCUACCCGCCAGAUGAUGGUGUCCUAUGAGAAUGCCAAAUCUAUAAGCUCUAAAUUAGAUUUCGUACGCGAGAGCAGGCUAGGAGGUGUGGCAUUCUGGGAUGUCACUGCAGACGCAGUUGGAGACAAGAGCCUGAUCACUCAGGUUGCAAAAUCACUUGGGGGUUCAGGUUUGGAGGGGCUAGACCGUACUGAUAAUACUAUCAAUUACCCCCUGUCGGACAAGGACAACAUCAAGAAUAGAAGGACCGAAUGA